AUGUCUCUUCCUCGUCGUGCUCUCGUCAGCGUCACCUCUGCUUCGGCCAGCCUAUUCCAAGGCACAGAAACCACCGGCCUAUUUAUCACCGAAGCUCUUCAUCCAUACAAUAUUCUCACUGCCGCAGGCUUUGAGGUGGACCUUGCUUCUGAGACCGGCAGCUACACUCCCGAUUGGCUUUCUCAGCAACCUGACUUUCUUAACGGUGAUGAUCUGACUACCUGGUCCAACCCCGACAGCGAUUUCCGCAAGAAGCUUGACAACAUGACCAAGGCCUCAGAACUGGACCCUUCCAAAUACGGGCUGUUCUAUGCUUCUGCUGGACAUGCAGCUUUGAUCGACUACCCUACUGCGACAUCCCUUCAGAAAAUUGCUGCUCAAGUAUGGGCAAACGGUGGAGUCGUCUCGUCAGUUUGUCAUGGCGCAGCUAUCUUUGCCCAUCUUAUUGAUCCCACUACCAAUGAGCCUGUCAUAAAGGGAAAGAGGAUCACCGGAUUCACCACCGAAGCCGAGACCACGAUGAAGAUCAUGGAGGAAUUGCGAAGCUGGGACCGUGAGCUGGUUGAAGAAGUUGCAAAUCGUCUUGGUGCAAUCUACGAACGUGCUCCUGGCAUUUGGGACGACUUUCAUGUUGUCGAUGGCCGCCUGGUCACUGGUCAGAACCCUGCUAGUGCUGCAUCGACUGCUGAAGCCGCAGUGGCUGUUUUUGAGGCCUUGUAG